AAAAGGUUUUGACCAAUCAGGAGCGAGUUGUUUGAAACGCCCAUUACCAAGCGGUCUCAUAUAAGAUACACGCUUUUCAAGGUGCUCGAGAACCGCUCGAGGAAGUGAAUAAAGAAAAUGGGGCUGCUUUCGGCCCUGACUCGAGGACUGGUUCGGGGAGCAGACCGCACAGCAGAGUUCACCAGCAAACGAGGCCCUAAGACCUUCUACAAAAGCCGAGGAGCCAGGCCGGCCGGAGUGCUGACCUCCAGCAGGAAGUUUAUCCCUGUGCAGGAAAUGAUCCCAGAGUUCGUCGUUCCCAAUCUGGAAGGCUUCAAGCUGAAGGCGUACGUGUCGUACAAGACCCCGCCAGGUACAGAGCAGCCCAUGACUGCUGAGAGCCUCUUCAACCAGACUGUAGCUCCGCACAUCCAGAGAGACUUUGAAGCUAACGAGUUUGACCCACAGCAGCUGGAGAAAUACGGCUUAGAGAAGACACAGGAGGGGAAGCUGUUCAAAUUGUACCCCAAAAACUUUAUACGUUAAAUGUCUUAAAAGUGAUGAAUGGACUGUGAAGAAAGAAAUGUUUUGUAGACAUCGGUAUUGUAUUGUUGAAAACACAAUUUGCAUACUAUAAAUUAAAUUUGCCCUUAAAAAACA